AUGGAGUCGAGGACAAGGAGCCGCGAUGGAAGCAUGUAUCUGGAUGCCGCGAUGGAGCGAUGGACCGAUGGUUUCCUGGACGACGGAGCGAUGCUUCCUCUUUCUCCCACUGCACAGCUGCUCAACUCCAGCAGCCAUGGCCAAGACGAAUGGCCUGUGGGGAUGGUGGACGACGUCCAGGACACACCGGCAGGGUGCGAGAAAGGCCUCGAGGCCAUCAAGCUCGUGUGCUUCACAAACGCAGAGCACAACGGCAAGACCAACGCGAUACUAAAGUUUGUGAGGUCGGUGAAGGUGAGGUAUCAGGUGGUGGCCGGGACCAUGCACCAGUUUACUGUCAAGGUGAAGGAGGCGGGCAGCACCAAGAAGCUGUACAAGGCCAAGGUGUGGGCGAUGUGGAAGAACUUCAAGCAGCUGCAAAUGCCGCAGUCACCUGACCUGAGGUCUUCUCAAGGAGGGCCUGAAGGAACAGGUGACCCGAGGCGCUGAAGUGGUGAAAUCAACGGCUCUCUACUUCCACAUCAAGAAGCUUCGGACGCGUACACAAGAG